AUGGAUCUGCUGCUACCGCCGAUUAGUGCUUCUCUUGGUGCCAUGGGCUCCCUUGCACACAAGCUGGAUGCGCUCCUCGAUACAGAACACAAGGAUGAGAUGGGGAAACUCGGAACCCGGCUGCUGGAGCUCUCCAAGGCACGAGACCCUCCCGUUACAGCGAGAAUCUGGAUGAAGGAUGUGCGCGAACUAUCCUAUGAUAUGGAGAACUUUGUCGACACUGAAGAAGAUUGGAUCCACAACAUGUCACCAUUCAUGGGCCGUGUGAAGGAAGCAAAUGCACGGUACGAGAGGUACAGGCUUGAGAGCGUCCCCAGCCACACAUAUGUCUUUCCAAUUAUCCACCACCGUGGCCGGAAGACAGGUCUAGUCGUUGGCCUUCAUGACAAGGGUGGCCCGGUUGAUAGGCUCUGCCAAUUGCUGACCGAUGGAGAUGAGCAGCUCAAGGUGUUAUCCAUUGUCGGUGUUGGAGGGAUCGGGAAGACCACGCUUGCCAAACAGCUAUGGCGUGAGCACAAACUCAGGGACUACUUCCACUGCCGGGCUUUUGUGCGGACGGCCAAGAAACCAGACAUGAGGAGGAUCCUAAGGAGCAUACUCGCACAAGUUCGUCCGCACCAACCACCUGAUGCUAGCGAGGUGGACGACCUCAUUCACGAUCUCACCGAGCAUCUACAGGAUAAAAGGUAUAUUAUUAUAAUUGAUGACAUAUGGGAUACAUCAGUAUGGGAUGUUGCUACAUGUGCUUUCCCAGAGGGUAAUCAUGGAAGCAGGAUAAUAACAACAACAGAAAUUGAGGAUGUUGCCCUAGCAUGCUGUAGUUACCAGUCCAAGUACAUAUUUAAAAUGGAGCCACUCAGUGUCAGUCAAUCAAAACAAUUGUUCACCAAUGCAGUGUUUGGCUCUGGAAAAGAGAAAUCUCCUCAAUUAGAUGAAGUGUCAGAUGAGAUUAUAAGAAUAUGUGAUGGUUUACCACAGGCAAUUAUCAGCAUAUCCAGUGUUCUAGUAAGCCAUAGGGAAGCAAAUGCAGUAGAGAACUGGGAGCACGUACAGAACAAUUUGCCAACAAGUACAACUUCCGACGAGAUACUGAACUUUUGCUACAAUAGUCUUCCCAGUUGUGUUCAGACAUGUCUGUUGUAUCUUGGCAUAUACCCGGAGAACUAUAUAAUCUUGAAGGAAGAUAUAAUGAAGCAAUGGGUAGCUGAAUGUUUUAUCCGUGCACCAACAGAGAAAGAAAAAAUGGAAGUGACCGGGAGCUAUUUUGAUAUGCUUGUAAAUAUGGGCAUGAUCCAACAUAUAGACGUAGACUAUAGCAAUGCGGUAUUGUACUAUGCAGUGAAUCACAUGGUACAUGAUCUUAUUACUUCUAAGUCCAUAGAAGAUAAUUUUAUCACUGUGAUAGAUUAUUCUCAGAGGCAAUUGCGGCUUUCUAACAAGGUUAGUCGUUUGUCCCUCCAGUUUGGCGGCGCACCAUUUGCAACUACACCAGCAAGUACUGGACUAUCACAAAUUCGGUCGCUUACUUUUAUUGGACUGAUGAGCUGCUUUCCUUCAGUUGUGGAGUUUAAGCUUCUUCGAUUUCUGAACCUUCAUAUUUGGAGUGAUCAACCAAGCACAUACUUCGACCUCAGGGUUAUCUGUGAAUUUGUUCUGUUGAGAUAUUUGCAGGUCACCUGCAGCGACACCGUAUAUCUUCCAGAUCAGAUGCAAGGUCUGAAACACUUGGAAACACUUGAAAUAAAUGCAAGAGUAAUAGUUAUUCCAUCGGAUGUUGUUCAUCUUCAGAGCUUGUUGCAUCUCCGUCUCGGAGGUGGGACAGAACUGCCUGAUGUGACUGGUAUACCCAGAAAUGUCACUGUGCCUAGUGUUGCCAAUUUAUUGGAUGAGUCAAGCAGUCCUCCAAAAUCAGUGAUGACAAUCGAGUUGUUGCCACCCAUUUGUAGAAUCCCCGAGUGGAUUGGACAGCUUAACAACCUCUGCAUUCUGAAAGUUGUCCUCGGUGAACUGCUAAGGGAUGAUAUCCAUAUCCUGGGAGGAUUGCCAGCCCUGACUGUUCUCACAUUGCAUGUACAGCGACGAACUACAGAACUAAUUGGCUUCACACCUGGAGCAUUUAAUGCUCUAGAAUAUUUUGAGUUCAGGUGUGGCGUACUGCGCCUGAUGUUUGAGGAAGGAGCAAUGCCCAAUCUUCAGAGGAUUAAGCUAGGUUUCAAUUCUCACAGAGGAGAACAGUACGGUCGUUUGCUUGUGGGCAUUGAGCACCUGUCAAACGUCCAGGAGAUUUCUGGAAUAAUUGGGUCAACCGUCGGUGCAGAGGAAUAUGACUUGCAAGCUGCAGAGUCUGCAUUCAAGGAUGCCACUGGCAAACAUCAUAGUAACGUCAGCAUAAAAAGAUCAGAUAUUGUUGUGGAAGAGUAUGGUCCUCUAGAAAAACAGCAUUUGGUGCGAGGGAAACACCCAUCGACAUCAAGUGAACAUACUGGAAGUCGAAAACAAGAGUCCCAGCAAGCUAUAAAGCAAAACUCCCAUAACAAUUCUCAGUUGAUUAGCAGGAGAAGUGAUGGCAAGAAACAAGCAAGUGUGGAGCUACGGAAUGACCCGCGAUCAUCGGUGCAGAAGGUGAUCGUAAUCAAGAUAGUGGACAUUACAGACAAGCGGUGGAAGUCCAGUGCCUUCAAAGUCCUUUCGAAGUUCCAUGGGACCAAUUCGGUAGCGGCAAACGAGGAGGGGACGCUAACUGUGGUGGGGGACCUGGACCCGGUGGUCGUAGUGCUGGCAUUACAGAAGGCCAAACUCAAUGUGCAGAUCGUCAGCACGGGGUCGCAUAUCUUCUCAAUGGGCGAGGGGUUGAUGAACAAACCCGAGGGCCGCAAAAUGCCUGGACGUAACCCGCCCGAGGGACAACAGAAGCCUGAAUCUAACCCAACCGAGCUGCCGCACAGUCUCAUCCCCCCGUACUCCCCUCCCUACCGGCCACCCCCCUACCGUCAACACCGACACGAGGUCCACCAGUCCCGGGAGGACCCCAACUCAUGUGUCAUCCAGUGA